GUCACAGUUAAGCCUUUAAACAGCUGGACAAAAAAAAGAGGAACAAAUUACGGACCCGUUUCCAGAUAGCGUUUUCUAUCACGGCUUCACUGUAGCAGGAUUUGCUGAGAUCGUUUGGAACAAAAAGAGAAAACGCAAAAGCAGGUGUAGCGGCUGUUAUACGUUUGCCUCCAAAUUCCAAACAAAUAGAGGGAGAGAGAGAAGCUGUGUCCAUACGACAGUGGAGGAGGGACGAUCACAGGUACCCUAACCCUAAAACAAAACCAAUCGAAAGAUGCCGGAGAAGAAUAAGAAGAAGAGGUAUGAAUUUGAGUACUGCGUGGUUUGCAAGCUGAAUCACAACCAAGGCCCGAGCCACAAGUACAUACCGGGCCAUACCAAGUCCCUCUCUACCUUCCUCUCUCGGUUCCAGGACAAGCUCUCCGACGUCCGCUUCUUUCUCAAAAACCCUACCCCUCUCCGCCCCGAACUCGCCUCUCGCAAUCGCCUGUGGUGCUUCUUCUGCGACACCGACAUUGACGAGCUAGAUAGCUCCUUCGCUUGUAGUAAUGCAAUUAAUCACCUUGCAAGUGCUGAACAUCUGAAGAAUUUGAAGCAUUUUUUGUGGAAAUAUGGUGGAGGAAUGGAUCGACUUGAUACAUUUAGAAUAUCGGAAGAUGACCUUGCUAUGUGGGAGAAGAAGUGCAAAUCAUUGAAGAAUGAAGCUGUGCCCUGCGGGGAAAAAUCUCGAGGACCAACGUUUGGACCUUCAAAUGAUAUCCAUAAUGAACUGAAAUAUGGAAUUAUAGAUACUUUUGAAAAUAAUAGUAAUUCAAGUUUUUCAAAUGGUGUUAUGCCUUUACUAUAUCAUACAAAUGAGCAUCAGGUAUCCCAUUCAGGACCCCCUCAAGUUACAAAUGUUGGCUGCUUUCCUCAAGACGUGGCUACCUCUUCUUUACAUGGGGAAACAUGUUCUGGUAUAUAUUCCAUAAAUUCAAAAGGUUUAACCGUUAGCAGCAGUACCCAACAUUCUUUUAUUUCUAAUGGUAGAAAGUGCUCAGCUGAUGGUUAUUUCAGUAAUGAAAGGAUGAGCGAGGUGUAUCAGCAUGAAAGAAUGACAAAAGGACUGAGCAGUUCUCCGGGUUUUCAGAAUCUCACACAAAUAACUUCCACGUGUUCUAAAGAGGCUAGUGGAAAUGUGCAUUCUGGGGCACCUCCUCCUUGGCUUGAAGCAGAUGAAGAAAUUCAGUUUACUGUUCCACCGAAACCAGCUUCAGGUACCCGUAUCUCUCUGUCAAAUAAGUCGGGGAAGUCCAAGAAAUUGAACCCAAAACGAGUGGGAGCAGCUUGGGCAGAAAGAAGAAAGAGGGAGAUGGAGAUGGAGAAAAGAGGGGAGAUUGUCAAGAGUGACUGUGAUGCUAAUUGGCUCCCUAAUUUUGGUAGAGUGUGGCAAUCUGGUAGCCGAAAAGAGUCCAGAAAAGAAUUUGAGUUGGAGAAACAAAAAUUACCUAAGGUUGAAAGUGAAUUUGAGAUGCCAAUUAAGAUACAGCCUUACGUCAGCAAACGGAUGCGAACAAAUGAGAGUGAAUGAUUGUGCCAUGAUGGUUAUGCAAGUUGAUGAUAGCUCUGAUGACAGACAUGUUGGGAGAACCACUGUAUAUAUCUUCAGCUCCCUUGAGUUUGAAGUAGAGAUCAAAUUGAGCUGGAACUUUUAAGGAAGCCAGGAAGCAAACAUGUGAAACUCUGCCCAAAAUUGGAUGAUCAGUUUUUAGGCUGGUGUACAAAAUAGAGUUGUAAGUUCAAAUGAUCAUGGCACUCAAAUGUAUUCAACUUGAAUUUUUCUCCAUCAAAUAUAUUCAACUUGAAACUUUAUCAUCAUA